UUACUCAGUCAAGAAUGUGCACAGCGCCCCUGUCCAGGCAAGCUCACACAAGCCGAUCUCGCAGGAAAAGAGAGGAAAAGGCAGCAAAUCGACGACGUGGGUUUGUGUGAAGUCCGACAGCCACUGUCUACAACCCCCGAUGUUCCCCAAAGACAUCUCGAAAGGUAACCAAGUCCUGGAAAGUCUUUCAAAACUAUGAAGGCAAUCGACACCAUUAGGUAUACCCUGUUCGCAUUCUGUUACCUGUUCUGGGUUGCAAGUGCUGUGCUGAUCUCAGUUGGCAUCUAUGCCAAAACUGCCAAGGAGGGUGGUGUGGUAGACUCCUUGACUGCAGACCCUGCCCUGAUAUUGAUCGUUAUUGGCUCUUUAAUGUUCAUCAUUACAUUUUUUGGGUGCUUUGGGGCUUUGAGAGAUGUAACUGCGCUGCUGUACAUUUUCACUGUGAUCUUAGCGGCCGUCCUUUUACUGCAGAUCGCAGCCGCUGCCCUCGGAUUUCUGUUCUCAGACAUGGUGCUAGGGCGGACAGAGAUGCUCAUGAGAAGAGGGAUUGCUCAGUACCGGGAUGACAUGGAUCUGGAAAACAUAAUCGAUUUUGUCCAGAAAAAGUUUCAGUGCUGUGGAGUGCAGCAGUACAGAGACUGGUCGCUCAAUGUUUACUUCGAAUGUGUGGAUCCCAACCCCAGCCUUGAGCGCUGUGGCGUGCCUUUCUCUUGUUGCGUCAGGAGGAGAAAUGAGUCAGUCCUCAACACUAUGUGUGGUUAUGGAGUUCAAAGUCUGGAUGCAGAGUCGGUGAAAGAGCACAUUUACGCUGAUGGCUGCCUGGACAAAAUUGUCACAUGGGGAAAGCAGAACCUUCUCCUGAUAGGAGGAUUAACCAUUGGAUUACUUGGCCUAGAGAUUUUUAUGAUCACGUUGGCUGCCAUCCAGAUCUUUCAACUCAAGAAGGAGCAGAUGGAGGGCAGUGAAGACAGCCACACAGGCAAAGAAAAGAGAAGUUUAAAAGACUAAGCAGGGUUACCCACCUUAAGAGCCCUGUUUUUCCAGAUUAACAUUGGAUACAUGCAGUGCCCUGAAAGUAUAAAAUGAGCACCUCUUUCUAUAACACAGGAAACUUUGGGGGGCUGGUGGAAGUGUGAUGUAGUUUGCUCGUUAAAUAGUUCAUGGGGUCAGACAUUGGACAAGGAUUGUGUUUUAGAAUGUACCCCAAUAUUGCGCAAGUGAGCCAUGCCAGGGGGAGAAUUAGGCAAUAAAAUAUGAGUCUCACAAAACACUAUCCACUGUGAGAGGUGUUCAUCUUACUCUGCUAUGGAAAUGUAAUGUAUAUACAGUACAGUACAUAUAUUUGGAGUUCUACAGUUUCAUUUUUUAAUUCAUAUUAGCUUCUCUUUAGGUUUCUAGAAAUAUCUGAGUGCACAUUAUCAGGAGAGGAGACGAACCCAGAUAUCAGCUGAAAUGACCACAGUUCGUGGUAACUUUAUCACAAUGAAACAGGGAUGUUGCAGAGCAAAGCUUUACAUUUAAAUGCAAAGCAUUCUGAUAGAGUACAGACUGGAGACUGUGGUGUGUUGGACACAUGGAACCGUAAUUAGCAAACUGAGGAAUUAGCAAAAGGGUAGAAACAUGCAGCUUUUCAGAGGUGUUUACACUAUUACAGUAAUUCAAAAUGUGAAAUUAAACACAAUUGUGUUGAGCAACUUUAGCAUGGCACCUUGGAUAUAUAUCUAGAAUUUUCUGGCUCAACCAGGCUUCAGACUUGGGAGGGGAAAUUUUGUUUUUGCUUAAAAAGUCCAUGUAUCAUUUUCAAUAUUUAUUUUUAACUAAUGUAUUAACUCUUUUUUAAUGCAAACACAUGUGAAGAUCAUCUCUAGUCUGUGAAACACUUUAUGCAUUUCAAUUGUAUUUUGAAACAGGUGUAUGUGAUUUUUGUAUAUAUUGUAUCUGAGAACAUGAAAAUAAAAUUCUUU